CCCUCUCUCUCUCUCUCUCUCGUCCAAGACAGAAGCACACGAUACACGGGAUCCAUCGAAAUCGAUCCUUGGAAACCUAAUUGGAUCGGUCUCUGAUCUCGUCGCUGUUGCCUUUGGUGUCUCCUCUCCGUUUCCUCUGUCCUCUGCUCGCCGCGAGAAGGGAACGAGGGGGGAAAGGAAGGUAGAGAGAGAGGAUGGUGCUGACGCAGAGGCUGCACGAGGCUUUCAAGGGGACGGUGGAGCGGAUCACGGGGCCCCGCACUGUCUCCGCCUUCAAGGAGAAGGGCGUCCUCAGCGUCUCCGAGUUCGUCCUCGCCGGCGACAACCUCGUUGCCAAAUGCCCCACCUGGUCUUGGGAGGCAGGCGAAACGAGCAAGAGGAAAUCAUACUUGCCCGAUGACAAGCAAUAUCUGAUAACGAGGAAUGUGCCUUGUCUAAGGAGGGCUAGUUCGAUGGAAGAGGAAUACGAUGCUGCAGGAGGGGAAUUUCUUCUUGGUAACGAUGAUGAUGAUGACGGUGAUGGCUGGUUGGCCACUCACGGAAUGCCAAAAGAGACCAAGAGUUCUGAGGUGGAAGGAUUGCCUUCCAUGGAGUCUCUGGAGAUAAGCAAAGGUGCGGCUAUCAGGUCUAUCCCUGCUUAUUUUGGUGGUGAGGCGGAGGAAGACAUACCUGAUAUGGAGGAUUAUGAAGAUCCUGAAAACCUCAUUGAAACAGAUACGGCCACCCUUGCGUCAACAUAUUUUGUUGCCAAUGAACCUGAGGAUGACAACAUUCUUCGGACCCGAACAUAUGAUGUUAGCAUUACGUAUGACAAGUAUUAUCAAACUCCUCGUGUAUGGCUUACUGGAUAUGAUGAGUCAAGGAUGCCUCUGCAGCCAGAACUGGUAUUUGAAGAUGUUAGCCAGGAUCAUGCACGGAAAACGGUGACAAGUGAAGAUCAUCCUCACUUGCCCGGGAAGCAUGCAUCUGUACAUCCAUGUCGUCAUGGUGCUGUGAUGAAAAAGAUCAUUGAUGUUCUAAUAUCACGUGGAGUUGAACCAGAAGUCGAUAAAUACCUGUUCUUGUUCUUGAAGUUCAUCGCCUCGGUGGUUCCUACUAUCGAGUAUGACUAUACAAUGGACUUCGAUCUUGGCAGUUCCAGCAAUUGAUAAGAGGGAUGAGAAGAACCAACAAAACGUGCAUUGUCGGGACCUCUUAUAUCAAGAAAGCAGCAUGGCUUGUAUUUAGAAGAAGCUCGAAGCAAUUGGACGUUUCAGUUUGUAUGCCAGCCUUCUAAUAGUCAACUGUACAUUCUAAGAUGCACAUUUGUGUCUGGAUAAUAUGACAUCAUCUGCAGUCAUGAUUUCGAUUUCCCUUGUUGAAACUGAACAUGUUUAAGUCUUCUAUAUCAGUCUGUGACAUACUUGUGCA